AUGUUCAACGGCCACCACCACCAACAUCACCAUCAUCACCACCAGCAACCGAUCCAUGGACUCCCACCAAAACCUGUAUUCGACAACGGCUCGCCGCUCAGUCUCUCGCCAAGCAAUAAGGGCCCAGCAAAAUCCAAGGACGAAAACAACCCCGUUAGCUACUCUUUUUGCAUUCCCUUUAGCAUAUUGCCAGGCCCGGACCCCGAUGACAUAAUUACGGCAAGCCCGGGAGCGAAAGAGAGAUGGAUACAGUCAGCCGAACGUUUUAAUGAUAUCGACACCCCUGCAUACUCACUACCAAUACACCAGGCGAAUGUGGACACAUUGAGGAAGUUGUGUAAAGAGAUAUCUGACGCAUUGGAGUUCAAGUGCGAAGCGGCUUUGACGGUAUCCGAGCCCCAACACGGUUCUUAUCGACAGACCAAGAGGGGGAUCAUUACGAAUGUAUGGCUAUCUGGUCAUCCAGAGUCGGUGCUGCGGGCCAGAGGCGUAAUUAUGCAGAAUACACCAGUCGCACUAAGAACAGCCUACGUGAACAUUGAUCGUGAUCAAAUUUAUGAUGAUGAGAAUGUCUUCAACCAAAAUUUCUUUUCUCAUCUAGAGCACACAGCGAGUUUUACCGGAACGGAUAUCUUUCUGUUGAAGACCCCCGGGAUAAGCGCAGACGCUGCGGCGGCGGCAGAUCUUGGAAAUAGCACCAGCCAAAGUAACAGAUUGCAAAUCAAAAUCUACGGUGACUAUGAAAGCGUUGAGCAUGCAAAGACAAGAGUCCUUGUCGCCAUUGACGAUCUGCUGGGCCAAGUCUUAGAUACUACAAUGGUCGAGUUAUCCACGCAAUCCUUAAUAUGUGGUCGCGGGAGAAAGAACAUCAAGCACAUUGAAUCGCAAACUCGAACGGCAAUAUACUUCCCACCACCAUUCCCCCGUAUCUAUGGCUACAGACCCCCUCGUGCUACCUCACGAGACCCGGAUCAGGUAUUCAUCACAGGUAGCUGCCGCGAGGACAUCGCCAAGGCCGAAAGAAUGCUUGUCAAUAUUCGUCGUGGCCUAAGACUUUACGUCAAGGACGUCUCCAUCACGAUGACGAAACUUGAUUACCUUCUCCUUGAACGUUUGGAUGACAUCAAGAAGAUUAUGGAGGCGAACGCAACUUAUGUCCAAUUGCCACGCCUCGGAUCGUUGGGACAACGGGAUGUCUGCAUGAGGAUCCAAGGAACAGAAACCCUCAAUAUUGAGCGUACAGUUCGAUCAAUUAUGGCCAUCUGCGGACAGUAUUAUAAUGCUACCUGGUGGAUGAUCCCUCCAGACAUGCACCAUGGCGAACUUACUUCGUUACCGGCGCCACAAGAUCUCAGAAAGAUGAUUACCGAUAUUUCGGCAUUUAGUGGGGCUGAUAUUGCUUUUAACAAGCAAUCAUUUGAUAUGUGUGGUGUAGACGACUGUGUGAAGAUCGCUAUGCACAUUUUGAGUGAAGUGCGCCUCGUCAAGCAGUAUCCGUUUCAGACCCGGGUAAAGAUUGAGCUUGCCAACGAACACAAAGAAUUCGUUUCCGGAAAGAAGAACGGCAAAAUCAACAAAAUCAUGGGCCAAGCUGGUAUACAAAUAGUAUUCGACGCCUUCAACGAAUACAACUUCUUCAUUGAUGUUGUUUCCAAUAAUUUCGAGCAAGCAGCAUUAGGCCUGCAUUUGGUCGAGCAUGAGCUUCCGGCAUCAGUGUCUUUUCAUGUCCCAGAUUCUUAUCACAAGCGCAUCAUAGGGAUCGGCGGGCAACAUAUUCAGAGGAUAAUGAAAAAAUAUUCAGUUUUCGUAAAGUUUUCUAACGCAAUGGAAAGAGGUUCUGCAGGAAGAAUGGAAUCCGAUGAUUCCAAGGUAGACAACGUCGUCUGCAGGACACCGGCUAGAAACGCAAAGAAUUUGGAACUGGUCAAGGCGGAAAUUAUGAAAAUGGUUCAACAGGCUGAUGCUGAAAUCGUGGAGGAAAACGUCAUUGUGCCACGGUUACUCCAUCGACCAUUGAUGGCACAACGUCAAAUAUUUGAUGAUCUCGAGGCAAAAUGGGGGUGCUCGGUCAUAUUCCCGAGUACUGAAUCAGCGAGCGAUGUGGUAAAAAUCAAGGGUCCUGAGUGGCAAAUCCCUCAGGCUGUUCAUGAGUUCUUGUCUCACGUUCCCGAAUCUCAUAAAAUUCAACUGUCGAGAUCGAAACAGCUCGAAGAUCUAAUUCAUGGAGAAGCGAUCAACCACCAAGUUGCUGAACCUAUGCGAAGGCAGUUUGGAAUUGAAAUGAAUUUUGAGCGUAAAGAAAACUACGCGAAAAACCAAACUGUAUCUUUUACUUAUACCAGGAAUAACGCAGGAGGUGUUCGAGAUGCUAUAGAUAUGUUGACAAACUUUCUUGUUGCAAAUGGCGUUGAUGCAGAACCGGUCAAUGGAGCACUUCCGCGCCCAAAAUCAGACUCUUUUGAAGAUUAUGCACCAUUCUUUGAACAACGCAUCCUUCAAAAGACUUCACCCGUCGGAUCGCUUGGUUCCACCACUGCUCAAGGUAACCGACUUUCGGUAGAUAUGGGAAUUUUGGGAGGACCUAUCCACGGCGAGCCAGGUCCGUUGACGGAGGAAACUGAAGCUGCUUUUUAUGAGGGAGCUAGGAAGGCCUCUAUUGUGGCUUCGGCUACAUCAUCUGACGCCGGAUCUGCUGGGAUGUCAGCACCAGGAAGUGCCGUGAGCUCAAGUGCUCGCUUGGCCAAUCAUCAGAGGAGCGGAUCUAUUGCUUCGCUUUCUGGAUGGGAUGGAAUCCCUGGGCCAUUACUUGAUGGCGAGGAUUGGACGAAAUUGGAGGUUAAUGAUACCAGGUCAAGAUCUUCUUCUGUGGCCGCGCCUUAUAUCUGA